GCAGUAGUGUCUGGCAGUGAUAGGCAUGGACAUUGGCUGUUCCAGCAUCCAUGCGACCAGAGUCGUGCCACAGGCCAGGCUUAGUACACAAAGUAGCACCAUAGUAGACCCAGAGAGGCCACUGUGUGUGCUAGUCUUUUAAAAACAGAGACUAUCUGGGAAAUGACUAUGUUUAUCCUUGCUUUUUGGCAGACAUGUUUAUUGAGUAAAGAUCUGGAGUCUCUGGUGGAGCCCUCUGUACAGCUGAUGAGGAAGUGCCUUCCUAAAACUCCUCUCCUGCUGACAUCAGAUCAGUCUGUAUACAGCUUCCCCCUACCUGGAAGACCACCUGCUGUCUGUGACAUGGAUUUGACUUCAGAUAAGAGCAGUGAGGAGAGUGAUGAAGAGACUGAAGAUAAGCAAGAGGGAGACAGUAGAGACUAUGAUGACGACUUGGAGACUGACCUUUCUAAACUUCGUCUACGUCCUCACCCAGACAGACCCAAAGAGCUGCUGCCACAGUAUGGCUACCUCUGCCCUGAGCUGUCCCAUGACUUCCAGGUACAUAAAUAGGUUUACUCAUAGGAGUAAUAUUUGCAAGUCACUUUCCUGCAUGUGCAUGAUCUAUGCUCUAUGCUAUGCUUUAUACUAUAACCACAUGGUUAUGAAUCACUGGCACACCCCGAUAUUCACUUCAAUUCAAUUCAAUUCAUGGCCAAGAUGGCGGUGCGCACAGAGCCCUGGGCUCCCCACUGCUUUGCACCUUUUUGUGUUUUUUAUGUCUUUUAAGCCCUUCUUCAUGCCAUGCAAUCGAACCUACAGUCGUCAAUACUUGACACGCAUCGGUUUUCAAACCAAAACUAAAAUUAAAAGUGACUUUUCAUGGACUCACAACAUUCCACCGGAGAUAGUGAGAUCACCAGGAGACCCAUGGAUUGUUAUCGGGUCCAGCAGGCACCGGAGGCGGCGCAGGGAGAGGGAGCAAAAACGUGAAUGUCGGGCAGGCCUGCUAGCUCAGCUAAGGAACCAACCACACAGACCUCCGCUACCAUCGAUCUUCCUCACUAACGCCAGAUCCCUUGCGAACAACAUGGAUGAGCUGCAAUCACAGAUCGCCUACAACUGCCUCAUCUGUGAGUGUUGUCUGUUCAUUGUUAGCGAAUCCUGGCUACACCCGCUAAUCCCCAACGCCACAGUGGAGCUGAAAUACAGAAGACAAACUUUUAAGGCAGCUAACUGGUACAGCUAGCAGGGUGCAUCAUUCACUGCCACGACCUGUGUUUAUGUGUUUGAGGACUGGUGCUCAGACAGCAGAGUAAUCGACACUUACUGCUCACCGGACCUAGAGACCAUGUCUGUCCAGUGCCGACCAUUCUACCGGCCACGGGAGCUAAUGGUAGCUAUUGUGACUACUAUUUACAUCCCUCCCAAUGCUAAUGUGCGCGAGUUUUUUGGGGGAUGGAGACGAUGGUGGAGGCCUUCAGACAAAGGAACUUAUUAUGGAUUUCAGAAAGCACAGACAGGAUCACACCCCUCUUCUCGUAAAUGGAGAACGGGUGGAAACUGUCCCCACCUUCAGGUUUCUGGGCACCCUUAUUUCCACAGACUACUCCUGGACCUACAACAUCAGAGCCCUGGUUAAGAAGGCUCAGUAGCAGCUACACUUCCUGCGUGUCCUCAGGAAGAACAAUCUGGACAUGAAGCUGCUGCUGGCCUUCUAUCACUCCUCUGUGUUAGCACGUGCUAACGUGCUGUCUGAGUGUGUGGUACGCAGGCUCCACAGUCAAGGACAGCAAGGCGGUGCACAGGGUCAUAAACAGUGCCCAAAAGAUCAUUGGCUGCCCUCUGCCCACCCGGAACACAUCUCCACAUCCUGCUGCCUCAGGAAAGCCAAGGUCAUCAUGGGAGACCCCUCACACCCUGCCCACCCCCCGUUUCACCUGUUAC